CACCUAAUAAAGUCGCUCAACAAAACUAAUCAAUCAUAGCUCGAAAUCGCUCUGAAAAAUCAAGAAACACAGAGAUAGAGAGACACAGAUUAGAGUCCUAAAUCCGAGGCUGCUUUUCUUAAUUCUGAAUUUUUGAUCGCGGAAACGACGUCGUGCUUGCGUUUUUUUUUUCUUACACUCUCUGCAUCAUCACCAUGGCAAUUGCGUUCGAUGAAUCCACCAAAAUUUGCAAUCACUGUGACAGAGCCAUCCCUUCUUCAAAUAUUGAUUUGCAUUACGCUCAUUGCUCCCGGAAUCUAGAAAAAUGUAAAGUUUGUGCUGAGAUGGUUCCAAGAAAAUAUGCAGAGGAACACUUCUUAAACACCCAUGCUCCGGUAUCUUGUUCACUUUGCAGCGAGACAAUGGAACGUGAAAGUUUAGCAAUCCACAAAGGUGAAAAUUGCCCACAGAGGAUUGUCACCUGUGAGUUCUGCGAGUUUCCAUUGCCUGCAGUUGAUCUAGCUGAGCAUCAGGAAGUAUGUGGAAAUCGGACAGAGCUGUGUAUUCUGUGUAACAAAUAUAUUAGACUGCGAGAAAGAUAUAACCAUGAAAUUAGCUGCAAUGGCAAUGGCAAUGGCAUAUUAGAUAAUACUGUGGGGUCUUCCAGGGAUGUGAGGGCAGCUGAAAGGGACCAAGGUGCGCAAAGAAGGCAGCCACCGGACUUUUCACGGAAACGUCUUAUAUUCACCAUAGCAAUAACAGGCAUUGCUGUUCUAUUAGGAUCUCUUUUUUUCCAGAGAAAGACGGAGAGCAAUUCAGUGCAUUAGCAGCAGAGAGGAUACUUUUUGUAAAUCUGCUUGAGAGCUUCCUGUUCCAUUUAUCUGUAUCUGAAACCAUCUGAGAACAUACUGUUGUAAUUGAACUAAGCUCAUUGGGAUUGUGACAAUAUACUGACAGGUUAUGCAAUACUGGUUUACUUGUUUUAGGUAUGCUUCAUGAUUCAAUCGUGACAUAUAUAGGCUACAUAAAUAAAACUUAGAACAGUUGUACUUUGUUGAAUUCUACUUUUAAUUCGGUAAUAA